GAUGGAUGGGUUUCGGCUUCUUCUUGUCCCGACGGCGAUUUCUUCCUCUUCUGUCGCGUCUCCCAAUCCCUCUCGAUCCGGAUGGGGAGCAGCUUAUGCAGGGGCGCCGAGUUCCUGUCAUGUUUGACUGCUUGCUUGUUUCUUCUGCUUCGUUCAGAGGUGUUCGUCGUUCAGAUUACUGGCGUCUGGCUAGGGCACCACAGAGAUCCUGAAUCCAGCGAGACCCUCUUGAUUUUUUUUUUGGUUGGGUUUUGGGACAGAAAUUCCUUACCGAUUUCUUGAUUCGUGCGGGCACGGAGGGUGUGGAUUGUGUUCCCGGCAAAGCGUCGUCGUCCUGCCACACUUUCAGUCCAUAUUUCCGUGGAUCUCGCGAUCGAGACAUAGUCGUCACUCGGCAGACAGAGCGUAGUACUAGCCACUCUCACUCCCCCCGGCGGCAUGGAGAAGGAGAAGAGGCGGAGGAGCUGGUUCGAGCGCAUCAGGCGGCUCUUCACCUCCUCCGAGCGCAAGGAGAAACCCAAACCUGACAAGAAGGCGAAGAGCAAGCGGUGGCUGCCGGGGAAGCUGAGGACGCAGCAGUCGUUCGCUCUGCCGGCGCCGACAUCCGCGGCCGCGGACCUGCAGAUCAGGCAGGCGGAGGACGAGCAGAGCAAGCACGCCGUGGCCGUCGCCCUCGCCACCGCGGCGGCUGCCGAGGCCGCGGUCGCCGCCGCGCACGCCGCCGCCGAGGUCGUCCGCCUCACCGGCCAGCAGGCCGCGGCCCCGCCGGCCGGGCGGGAGCGGGAGCUGGAGGAGGAGCAUGCCUCCGUCUUGAUCCAAUCGGCGUACCGCGGGUACCUGGCUCGGCGGGCGCUGCGCGCGCUCAAGGGUCUGGUGCGGCUGCAGGCGCUGAUCCGGGGGCAGGCGGUGCGGCGCCAGACGGCGGCCACGCUGCGCGGCCUCGAGUCCCUGAUGAGGAUCCAGGCCCGGCACCGCUCCCGGGCCGGCGGCCCCGACCACCCGGCGGCGCUCGACGGCAACGACGACGCCUUCCUGCUCCCGCGCGGCCGGGAGCUCUACGCCGCCGCGGUCCACCAGCAGCAGCAGCAGGCGGGCAGCAAAGGGUGGGACAGCAGCAUCCUCGCCAAGGAGGAGAUGCGCGCCGUGAUGCGGAGACGGGAGGAGGCCGCCCUCAAGCGCGUGCGCGCGCUGCAGUACGCGUCCCUGCAGAGCGAGCGGCUGGGCGUCCGGCGGCCGCCGCUGCCCAGGGACGAGGAGGCGGACGCGCUCCACCGCCGCUGGAGCUGGCUCGAGGAGUGGGUCGGCGCGCAGCCGCCCUUCGACAAGGACGUCCCCGUGGCGCACCAGUCGCCCUACAGCAGGGACGACGCCGCCGCCACCAGGGGCCGCCAGACGCCGGGCCGGGCCGUCGACCCGCUCGCCGGCCUCGGCGGCGGCGACGCCGACGGGCUCGGUUGCUCGGCGCGGCGGUCCUUCGUGCGGCCGAGGCGCGCGCCGGCGCGGGCGGGCGACUACUUCUACGAGGACGCCGCGCCGUGCUCGCCGGCGACGUUCCCGGGGUACAUGGCGUCCACGGCCUCCGCCAAGGCCAAGUUCCGGUCCAUGAGCACGCCCAAGGAGCGCUUCGCCGGAGCCGACGCCUUCUCCGAGCACUGCUUCCCGUUCGCCGACCGCAUGCUCUCGCCGAUCCCGUCCAUGUCGCCCAUCCCCUCCAUCGCCAGCGACAUGGGCUUCGCCAGGUCCACCAGGCCGCCCGCCGCGCAGAGGGCGCUGCGGGUGGCGGCCAAGGGCCCCAUGACGCCGGCGCGGUCGCGCUCACGGAGGUCGCCAAGCCACCACAGCUUCGGCUCCGAGGCCGCGCUGCACCAACUGCAGAUGGAGCACUACACCCCAGUCCGGUGAACAAGACUACAGAGAGUGCCUUGCUUCGUUACACUCCUCUUUUGUGAAGAUACAAUUCCCUGCUCCCAUUCUUUUGUUUGUUCACCUUUCUUGACAGAAGGGUUCAACUGUUCAAGUAUUCAGUAAUGGAAUGCAACAACGUAACAUGAAUUACAAACUCAGGUGACCAGCACCAUGAUGUAAGAACGGAUACUAUAUGAGCAGUCAAAAAGUAUUUUGCAUUGAGAAGAAAAUGCAUUCCA